AUGGCGUCGACACCAACCUACAAUCCGGAGGCCCUGCUUCAGCAGGCUUCAAUGGCCAACCUCCAGCGCGUCUUUGUUCAGCGCGAUUUCACGGAGGGGACCGCCAUUCCACCGGAGGAGUUCGCGAAGGCCAUAUCAGAUUUGAAUGCAAUGUUUGACAAAGCCGAGGCCUUAACUCCGGGCGUGGUUUGCGAGAACCUUACCGGCUGUCUCACAGCUUACCUCCUCUUUCUCUGCAUGCCUACACAUUAUGAAAGAAUGCUAGACAAGAUCGCCUAUCGCGUGAUCCAGCUCAACGACCAGAUAUUUAUGCCCCACGGCCUACUCAUGAUCGACCCAGCGGAACGGGGUCUGCGAGUGAUUGAGAUAUGUAUCCUCAACAGUACCGACCCGAAUCCCAGCCAGCAACUCUAG